AUGUUAUGGAUAGAUUUUGCUUACCGCUUACAGCAAUCCGACAUGAGACUCAUCAUCGCAUACUUCUUUGCUUCUCUGGUGUGCCUGUGCCUGUGUCACUCAGUUACUACGCCUAAAUGUUGUACAAACGCUAUCUUCAAGCUGUGCAUCGAUAAAUGCAAGGAAAAGCCAGACGGCGACGAAUUUGCUGAUUGUUUCCGCGGAUGCGUAACCCCUAUGUGGCGAAGAUUUCGCGUGCUCAAGCAGAGCCUGGUAGUUGGGUUGCCAGAGGAUUGGCGACAAGUAGAACUCUUCCACAGUGUAGGAGCGAUCUGCUGGGAACAAUGCGAGAGUAAGAUGCCGAAAUACGAAUACCCGGAAUUUCGAGUCGGAAAAAAGGGAACAGAAGAGGACUUUUUCAAAUGUACGGAAGAUUGCAUAAAAAACAAAACCGUCAUCCUCAUAGGAAAGAAAAAAUAG